AUGGCUCAACGCAUUAACAACUUCACCGUCAAUAUCUCGUUAUUGGUAUUAUGGGCCUUUGCAGCUCCCUUUGCAACACUCAUCAUUAUCUACUUUUCUACUCAAAUUCAAACUUACUUUAAAAACCAUUACUUUGUUUCUUCUGAACUAAGAGAUGCAAACUGUGAUGCAGUCUUAAAAGCUGGAAGGUAUCUCGAUGACCCAUCAUACCGACCUAUGUUAUGGCAGCCCGAUGGAUGUGCGAUGCACUCUUAUACCGGACCCUCUGCGUUGCACGAUUUCACUGAAUGCUUUGAUCCCGGAGACGAGAUUAUAGUGGCCGGUGACUCCACGGCACGCCAAAUUUAUUAUGGAGUUGUGGGUUCCUUACAACCUGGACAAAACUUUUACACCAACUUACAGACCAAUGCUACAAACAACAUCAAUGGGGUUUUGCUAAGAUUUUUUUGGUCAUCCUUUUUAGACGACGCACCACCAAUCAUCUUUAAAGAUAUUGCAAAGAAAGGUGACAAGUCUGAAUUUGGGGGAUUUCGAAAUGGCUUGAAAAAAAACCCCAACCGCAAAUCUAAAAGACAUGUGGUCUUCACUGGGGGACUGUGGCACGCAUGGCACAGAACUGAAAAGAAUGCAUUUAACUAUUAUAAUAGUACCAUGUCUCAGAUGUUUCACAUUUUCAAAACAGCGCCUAGUGGUGUUUUUGAUAAUGUAUAUUUUGCACCUGUCAUGAUUCCGAGCUAUUUCCAACUCCCUGAACACAAGAAGACUCCAAAAGUGUUGGCACAAAUGUUAAACUUUACCGACUCUUACUUUAACUUUCAUCGUGGAGAAAAUACUCAUGGUGAUACUGGGGGGAUUGUUUAUAAAGACUCUGGAGAGGUGGCAAUGUAUUACAUUCCAUUUCCCCAUGAAAUUGGAGGUGAAAACCACUACGGACUUUACGACCAGUCUGGCAUCCACUUCAAUGAUAUUGGGCGGUACCUGGAACCCGAUAUUUUACUGAACCACAUGUGCAACCAAAUCCUGGCAGAUAAAAAGGUGCCAAGCUUUACAGGUACCUGUUGUGUUAAGUACCCCGGAAUGUCGCGGAUUGCACAAGUUAUGCUUCUUGUCAUAACUGUUAUAGCGACAAUGGCUUUGGCUCUGGCACUGAUAGUUGUAAUUUUCCGGAAAAGUGUCAAGUCGAUGGCCAUUCUGCCUGCCAUUGUUUUGGCAAAUGUUUGGGCUGCGGUAUAUGUUUAUUUGGCUGAAAGCACACAUGCAUUAAAUAAAAUCGCGCUGCACUUUGAGCCCACAAAGUUUGCCGUUUUGAUUCAGCUGAGUAUGGUGGUGGCCAUAUUUUGGCCAUAUUUUGGAGAUUAUGGAUACAAGUCAUUAGGAGUGUCUAAAAGACUGAUUCCAGAGGGUGUUUUGAGUCGACCAUUUGUCAAUGAGUUUAAAGGAUUAUGUGUUGUGUUUUUGCUCAUUGUGGAAGUGACAGGCUAUAACCGUGUUUAUGAGACAUUUACUGGCGAGCUAUUAUCCCGAUUGUUUUUUUCAUGCUAUACCAUGGCUGAGGUUUAUACAUUUACGAUUGAUGUUAUUGAAAGGCGGUCUUUCAAGUUGUAUUUUUACAAGGUGGCCCAUAUUUUCUUGUUACCAGGGUUGAUUGGUUUGGCUUUGGACUACAAAACUUUACAAAAGCAAUCUAAUGAGCAUUCUUUGUUUAAGUUACUUAUGGAUUUGUCUCCCAUUACGGCCAAGUUGUUUUUCUGGUUUACAUUUGUGGUAAUUGCAGGAGAGUUGACUAAGGUUUUGCGCAACAGGUGUUCUCAGUCAUUGUGUGUUCAAGUGGGAGUAGGAGGAGUAUUUACUUUUUGUGCAAUAGUCUCUUUUAUUGUCCAAUUAAAGUUUGCACCAGCAGGUUCCUCGGAUGAAACUAAAACAACUCCAGCUGGGAUCAUGAUUGAUCUAGGAGACACGGUGUACAAUAAGCAGCAUCCGAUUCUAGGAGACUUUUGGCCUGUGUUUGGGUCCUUUUUAGCUGCGUGGUGGGGGAUUACUGUAGUUGGUACUAGUACUACUACUAGUACUACUGCAAUACAAGUACCUCCAAAACAGGCACUUAUUAGCAUUGCAGCAAUAACAACAGCCACAAUUAAUGUGCUGCAUCGGAUGCUCAAAUAUGAACUUCCUCCACUGCUGAUUGCUCCUAUAAACCGAUCGUAUAUGGAUUUGAGUGCUACAGGGUAUGCCGGGGAAAUUGCUCAGCGAGGGAGUGGGUACGGAGAAUUUGUACAUGGGGGGUUGUGUGUUGUUGCAGUUCUAUUUUGGGUAUUGUUUCGGUUAACUUUGCUGGAGAUUACCAGCGAUAAGAAAACCAAAAGAGAGUCCAGAUUCCGGUACAUGAAAGGGUUUAUUUUGGUUGGGAGAAGUGGGUAUGAGAUGGUUGUAUUGCGGACUCAUGUGUUGCUUUCAGUGGGCGGAACAACGCUAUUGCACGUGUUGCCAAUGGGGACUGGGGCAGUUAAUGUGAAGUAUGUUGAGCGGACAUUUGGGAAGAUUUCAAAAGAUGCUGAAUAUAAGUUUUAUGAGUUCCCUGGGGUUUUGAUGGAGAAGUUUCUUGAGAGUGUAAAUUUGUUUGUUGUUGGAUGUGUGUUUUGGGUGGUUGCAGAGACUGUAGCAGCAGGUUGGAGGGUUUUAGAGGAGAAGGAGGAGGAAGAAGAAGAGGAGGAGGAAGAAGAAAAGGAGGAGGAAGAAGAAAAGGAGGAGGAAGAAGAAAAGGAGGAGGAAGAAGAAGAGGUUUAUUAA